UAAACAUCCCUUGAUGAUAACGGUCCACAGGACCGCGCAUAGGUAGCAUUCCACGUCGCGUCGUUCAUCUUUUUUGCUUUGCCUAGAUCUACGUAUUUUAAACUUAUCGUUAGUUUCAAUAUUGACCGACCGGUCAAUUGAUUAAACCGAUAUCAUAUUAAACCAAGUUCCAAUUUACUCAGCUAGCAGCAAGGUUGGAAUUGGACACACGAUAUCACGAGAAAAUAGUUCAACACCGUCUGAUUAGUUUGAAAGUGCGGUUUUAAUGUUUGUCCCGCCGCGCCGCGCCGCGCCGCGCCGCGCGACGACGACGAUGCCCAGACCGACCCCAUCCGUUUCCUUUCCUGGCCAAUUUACGAGGAAACAAAUUGUUCCGAUCGAAUCCAUUCAUGUUUCAUGAAAAUUCUUGCUUCGUUCCUGCGCCUCUAUUUCUCUCUUUCCGGGUUCGUUUCGCGUUUCACGUUUCACGUUUCACGUUUCACGCACCGUAUGGAAUUUCCAUGUUGGAGAAGGGGUGAAAUGCCGAUGCAACGUUCCAGACGGGUUGAAAGUACCGCGACACAGGAAAUUUCUCUUCUCUCGCUCGAAGGGUGAUUUCCCAUCCUGAAAAUCUCGUCGCUCACACGAUAAGACAAUGUGAUUUUACCCCCGAAGAUCAAGCUUUUACGAAAACGAUUUCAAUGUUUUACUAAUUCAUGCAGAACCGAUUAUGAUGCGUUCCAGAAAUUUGUUUUUCAAAGUUGUUUUUCACAAUUGAAAACCUGGCUGGAUCAAGUAGAUAUGCUGAAUCGGUGAGAGGUAAGAAAAGGAAGGGGGCCGGUUGAAAGGGCCAGAAGGAAAGCAGAAUUGCGGGCACGCCGCGCCGCGCCGUUCACAGCCAUCGACGUUCACGGGGAUGUCUGUCGACAGUGGCUUUUGUACGUGCGAUGACUUCGAUGCGAAUACCUGAACGAAGAGUAGAGAAACGCGGAGAUGGGAUAAGAGGAACGAGAUCAAAAGGCUGAAGGCAACAUCCGAAGGAAGUUGAAGCUGCUCGUUUUCACAAAACCAUUGGAAACGAUGACUGCGACGAUGCUGAGCUCUGCCCGACGAUGCUGGAAAUAACAUCGGCUAUUGGUGAUAAACGCCACGAAGAAUAACACCGCAAAAGUUAUCUCGUCUCGAAUCCGAUCACAGCCAGUUCCUUUCAUUUUGGUGACUGUUUUAAUAGCCAGCCCAGCCAACCAGCCACGCAAAGUAUUUCAUUAGAAGGCCGGAGAUCCUCGAGGAAUAUGGUAGGAACGAGGAAGUAUGUCUUUCCUUACGUCGCGUGACUCGAAUCCACGGAUUUAGCUGAACCAGAAGCUUCUCUUUGACAUUUCCUGGUCUGAUUCCACGAGACAGCAGUUCCUUCGUCCUGGCGCGAAAGUAAAGUUUAAUAAGCGUUGGCGAGCCGCAACAAGUUCGGUACACAUGUUUCUGUACACCACAAGUCCAAGAAACUCGUAUCACAGCAUGAGAAUCUCAGAUUUAAGAUUUCUAUCAACGAACCAACGAAGGUAGUUGGUCUCUUUAGACAGCGAAAUCCUCGUUGAAACGAAACUUGAGCCGAUCCAGGGAUGCAUCCAUCACGAAGUAUCUCGUUCAUCGAGUGCACGGAUAAAGAAGAUUUGAAAGAAGAGAAGAAUACACUAUCAGAUGACAAUGAUGAUGGAGUUUGAUCGGAUCUGGUGCACCGAUCAUGUAGAUUGUAGUCUAGAACGUUGCUAGAUCAAUGCCAAGAAUGACAAUAACGUCGGAUAACGUAGAAAAAUAGCCAGGAUGUGAAUAGAAUCGAGGAUGGCAGUAGUGUCGUUUCAAUAACGAUGGGAUAUGUACGAGGAAUAUUUAAAACACAUGAAAAAGAAUUUGAAAAAGAAUUCACGAUGCUCGAAAAAUCACUUGAAGUUGAUCGACUCGAAGUUGACAAUCGUAUGUUUUCGAAAAUGUAAUUUUCACAAAGACAAUUAAACUUUGCUCGAAAUCAUCAUCCUACUCUAUAAAGUUCCUAGGAAAAAUGCAAAGGUUUAAGGAGGAUCGACAAGAUGGUGAAGAAUCAUUUGAAAGAAAUAUCACUUUAUUGAUCGUUUUCAAGGGCAGUAAUGACCGGAGGACAGGGACGAGGUUUCGUUCGAUUCAUCGACUUGUGUAAAGCUCUCAGUGGAAAAGGCAACAGCCGUGUUCGUCGUCGAGUUUCAAAGAGUAUGAUACCAGUUUGAUAACGUGAGUCAGAGACUCGACUCGAACGGUCACAAGUUGCUCGGUGUCCGUGUCGUCUGGCUCGACCAGCCGUGUUCAUCCCCUCGUUUGGGGGUCGGUUGGUUGGUUGGUUGCUUGCGCUAGAGUCGAAAAAGGCUGGAAGAGUGAAGGGGUGGAAGGGGGGUGGGGGGAGGGGGGUAAGAAGACAAGAACGUAAGAGGUUAAAAGGAGAGAAAGAGAAGAGUAGAACGGGGUCUGUAACGUGAACGGGGAAGUUGAAGAAGAAGAGGUGGAGGUUGAGAAGGAAGGGACGGAGGGGGCGGAGGCGGUGGAGAGAGGACAAGCAGGGAAGUUUCCGUCUGUCCGAAGUGGAUGGGGGUGAAAAUGUUCGGAGUGUUGCUGGCAUGUGUCUGGCUGGUUGCCGGCUCCCCGUUACAUCCCUGGCCGCUAAUACCACACAAAGCAAUCACACAAGGAUCCUACAUCAAACAUUACACUGCCGCCUGGUACGAUACUGUGGCUCUAAGGGAACGUCGUGACACUUGGACUUCCGGGCAUCCAGGAGACGCGACACUGAAUCUACGUCUUCACGCUCUCGACAGGGUGUUCAAGAUGAGACUCACAAGAGAUACCAGUUUAUUCCACGAGGACGUCGUUUUUGAAGGUUCGAAUGGUCGAGAGAUCGGGUUCGAUCCGUUGCACGCUUACACUGGAACGCUAGAGGACGAUGAGAAUUCCUUGAUUCAUGGAAUUGUAACAGAGGAGGGUCUCUUUGAUGGAACCAUUUUCACGGCAUCCGAUGAAAUUUACAUCGAACCUGCCAGCAGAUACGCUCCACUCGUAUGCCACCGGCAAGACGGCGAACAUAAAGACACGACAGACACGAUGCAUCACCAUACGAUCGCGUAUCGUUCGAUGGACGUGAAUGUUUCACACCAUACCGGAUAUCCGUGUGCGAGCGAGCUGUUGCGAGAGAACACAUUCAACGGACUGAGAAUUUCAGAUGGCAUUGUUCAGGAUAGCCAAUCGAAACACGUGUCCAUGGUUUUUGAAUAUUAUCCACCGCCGUUUGAACGAACAAACAGAACGUCGAGUGGAUAUCUUGGGGACAAAAUGCGACCGUUUUAUCAACAACACCUAAACGAGGGCAAGUCUCGGGCCAAGCCAGGUUUUUAUCCGAAAGACGCCAGGAAGAAGGACCCCAUGGCGAGCUCGCACAAUUUGGAGAUGCUCGACAAAUUAUACAGAGAAAGAUACUCCAGAGUCCUUCGAAAACGAACGUCGGUGGAUCCGAAAAAAACCACUUGCAUGCUGUAUCUGCAAGCGGAUCAUACGUUCUUCGAUCAUUAUAAGUCAGAAGAGGCAUGCAUCGAGGUGAUGACACGUCACGUGCAGCGUGUCAACUCUAUUUACAGGUAUACAGAUUUCAAUCAAGAUGGUCAACCGGAUAACAUUAGUUUCAUGAUAAAACGCGUGAAAGUUCACGGUGAAAGAGCUCUGAACGACCCAACUUAUAGGUUCACCGGUACCUACGGUGUCGAAGAAUUCCUCGAAUUGUUCUCAGAAGAGGAUUACGACGCGUUCUGUCUCUCGUACAUGUUUACGUAUCGCGACUUCGAGAAAGGAACUCUAGGUCUGGCGUGGACUGGAGACUUAAAAAAUGCCGGUGGUGUAUGCGAAAAGAACGGGCACUACAGGGGUAGCAUGAAAUCGCUGAACACCGGUAUAAUCACCCUCUUGAACUACGGCAAACACGUACCACCGACGGUUUCUCACGUCACCCUUGCACACGAGAUCGGUCACAACUUCGGAUCCCCUCACGAUCCGGACGAGUGUUCACCCGGAGGAGAGGACGGAAAUUUCAUAAUGUUCGCCAGAGCGACCAGUGGCGACAAACGAAACAACAAUCGUUUCAGUCCCUGUAGCCUGGUGUCCAUAAAUCCUGUUCUAAAUGCCAAGGCUCGUUCGUCGAAAGGCUGCUUCGCUGAGCCUCAGAAUGCGAUCUGCGGGAACGGGGUGGUGGAGAAUGGCGAAGAGUGUGAUUGCGGCUGGGAGGAGGACUGUAACGACCCUUGUUGCCACCCUCAACGACUUCAUCAUGCCUCUCAUGAGAUACCAUGUCGUCUUGCCGAUGGUGCAGUGUGCAGUCCUAGUCAGGGCCCUUGCUGCACAUCCGGUUGCACUCUGCGCAACGGCGAUAAGUGCAGGGACGACAACGGGUGCAGGGACGCGAGCUUUUGCGACGGUCGUGGUCCCCAGUGCCCACCAUCCAUCAACAAACCUAACAAGACCAUAUGCAACGAGGAGUUCGUCUGUUACAUGGGGGAGUGCACCGGCAGCAUUUGCCUGGCUUACGGCCUGGAAUCCUGUCAGUGCAUCGCUGGGCCCGAGGAUCCUCCUACCAAAAGCUGCGAACUGUGUUGUAAAUUGCCAGGAGAGGAUCAACCAUGCCGAUCAUCGUUCGCAUGGAAUUCAGCGCCGUACGAUAUUCCUGACAUGCUGUCGAAACCAGGCACGCCAUGCAACGAUUACAAUGGCUAUUGCGACGUCUUCCAGAGAUGUCGUGAGGUGGAUCCCAGCGGACCUCUGGCAACUUUGAGACGGCUUCUUCUAUCGGAUGCCAGCUUAGCGAGCUUUCAACGCUGGUUGGUCGAUCAUUGGUACCUCCUUGUCGUCGUUAUUUUCAUUUUACUAUUACUUCUGAUGUUCGUAACGCGUUUAGUGAAGAAACGUCGCGACAAUCGUUUAAAAAUCUCUUCGACCAUGGACAAUCAAUCCAAUAUGAACGACGAACCAUCGAAAGAAUCUUCUUCCUUACGAAAAAUACAAUCCAUGAACAUCUCCAGACUAAAAAGAAGACUGGUGGAGACGAUGAAGAGUAUAAUAGCGUCUCCCAGACGUAAAAAGGAAGCGUUUUCGCAAGGAGAUUCAUUCAUAUCGCGAAUAUCUCAACUGUUGGUCAAUGAUUCGUCUCGUAUUCGUUCUGAGAAACAAUCCUCGAACGAAGUCGAACAACUGUACAAAAAUAACGAUGAAAUGACGAAAAACGACGCUGAGGAUACUUCGGUGAGACAAAAAGUUGCGGUCAAAAGGACGACGAGGGUCGUCGUCUCGAAGAGUAAGAACGAUGGCUGGAGACGAUUCUCUUUAUUGUUGGUUGGUAAUCGUGGUACAAGUUCCUCUUUGGGACGAAGAAAAUUGAACAACGGUAAAUCGAUGAGUGGACAGACUUGGAGGAAAAGCGUGCAAGUUGAUAAAUUGUGCAACACGACGAAGACGAUCGUAAAUCCGUGUAGAAAUGUGGACAGGUACCAAACGGAACCUCUGGUGAUGCCUGACACACCGGACACUCCUGGUGACACUUUGGAAACGAGGGUUCAGACAUCUGAUUUAACUGUGCUAUUAGCUGACAGUUAGUUUCGAAGGAAUCUGUGAUUAAACUUAUGGGCUCAUGAUCGAUUGGAAUGUAUUUAUGCGAACCAUUCCGUGGAAAUAUUGAUUGUAAGUUGUCUUCUUAAUCCUUGAAAUUUUAACCUUUUCAACUCACUGAUCAUUUUUUCCCAACUUCAAAUUAUAAGCUAAGAAAAUUCGUCAAAUGUAUAUUAAUCUAAAAUUCAUAUUUCAUCGCGAACGUCCAUAGCACACAAACGGUUCAAGUUGGCUACCAAAAUUCUUCUUUAACUUGAAACUAACGUAACAAAUAUUAAUUGAGAUACUAUAAAGAAAACAGAUUAUUCUAACACUCGACGGAAGCUUUUACUUUGAUUUGAACAAUCGUAAAGGUCCCCACGGUGUGGUUUGUACGGUAAAACGGUCAAGUUUGAGGAGAACUUGCGACGAAAGUCCGUGUGUAAAUAUUGUACACAGAAUCUUGUAAAACGAUAUCAUGGUAGAUUAGUUUAUAGAAUAAGGGUGAGAAGUUCGCGUAGGGCCGACAGUUUGCGUAACCGGAGUGGAUUCUUGUAAUUUGUGUAGUUCAAACAGCUCUUCGCGUAGAAGCGGACCAAAAGUAGAGGGGGGGAAAAAAUAUGAUCGUCCAGCGCUAAAAUCGUAGACGUGUAUAUAAAAAGCGAUUCAUUGUUACUGUAAAAUAAAACAGACGUUAUCAUUCGUUUACUAACA